AGAAGCAGCGACUAGCUCAAACCUGCACCUGCCCCACCUCUCUCGUCGUCGUCCUCGGCUAAUCCGCCGCGGCGCUUCCGACACUCCCAAGGCGGGCGGCGGCAGCAGCAAGCGAGGAGCAGCCACCAACUCAGACUAUCAAAGCCUCGCCGCCACGCUCCUCUCUCCCCUCACCUCCACCUCCACCUCCACCUGCUCCCCCUCCCCCGCGCCCCCGCAAUGGCCGGCCUCCUCUACCUCCACUCCACGUUGCUCACCUCGGCGUCCGCGCUCCGCCGCCGCGCGGGCGCGCCCGCAUCAUCCUCCCGUCGCCGCUGCCGGGUGGAGGCAAAGAUCCGGGAGAUCUUCAUGCCGGCGCUCAGCUCCACCAUGACGGAGGGCAAGAUCAUCUCCUGGACCGCCGCCGAGGGCGAUCGCCUCGCCAAGGGCGACCCCGUCGUCGUCGUCGAGUCCGACAAGGCCGACAUGGACGUCGAGACGUUCCACGACGGGUUCCUCGCCGCCGUCCUCGUGCCCGCCGGCGAGUCUGCGCCCGUCGGCUCCGCCAUCGCGCUCCUCGCCGAGUCCGAGGAGGAGAUCCCGCUCGCCCAGUCACAGUUCGCAUCCUUCUCCCCCUCCUCCUCACCGCCACCUCCGCAAGAAACCGCCGCCCAAGAAGCAUCCCCACCUCCCCCAGCGCCUGCAGCAGUCUCUGCUCCGGCGCCGCCCUCGCCAGCAACACAAGGCGGGGUGCGGGUGGUUGCGUCGCCCUACGCCAAGAAGCUCGCCAAGGACCUGGGCGUCGAUCUUUUCUCGGUUACGGGGUCAGGCCCGGGCGGGCGAAUUGUGGCCAAGGAUGCCGAGGCCGCGGCGGCUGCGCCGAAGAAGGCGGCGCCAGUGGCUGCUGCACGGCCGGAUGUUCCAUUGGGCUCGACGGUGCUAUUCACGACAAUGCAGGGCGCUGUGAGCAAGAACAUGGUGGAGAGCCUCGCCGUACCGACGUUCAGAGUGGGAUAUACGAUCACAACUGAUGCUCUCGAUGCACUCUACAAGAAAAUUAAGUCGAAGGGCGUGACAAUGACAGCGCUGCUGGCAAAGGCGACAGCAAUGGCACUGGUGCAGCAUCCUGUGGUGAACUCCAGCUGUAGGGAUGGGAAGAGCUUCACAUACAACAGUAGCAUCAGCAUUGCUGUGGCUGUGGCCGUGGAUGGUGGGUUGAUUACGCCGGUGCUUCAGGAUGCUGAUAAGGUUGACAUUUAUUCAUUGUCAAGGAAAUGGAAGGAGUUGGUUGAUAAGGCGCGAGCAAAGCAGCUGCAGCCCCACGAAUACAAUUCGGGUACAUUUACACUUUCAAAUCUGGGCAUGUUUGGAGUUGAUAGAUUUGAUGCAAUCUUGCCACCUGGAACUGGUGCAAUCAUGGCCCUUGGAGCAUUACAACCGACAGUUGUUGGUACAAAAGAUGGUAGAAUCGGAAUUAAGAACCAAAUGCAGGUCAAUGUUACCGCUGAUCAUCGGGUUAUUUAUGGAGCUGAUCUUGCUGCUUUUCUGCAAACACUCUCCAAGAUAAUUGAGGAUCCCAAGGAUCUUACGUUUUAGAUGUAUCCAGUGAUUGUUUUUCCCUGGGCAAUCACAGUUGGGCGCUUCUCACUUGUCUGUACUCUGUAGAUGUGUAGGAUGUAUUGUGGUCAUGUGAAUUAGUUGAUUUAAGCUGUCAGCAAUGUUGGUAUCAGGUAACUUGCCCUGUUGGUUACCUUCUCAUCAUUGGUUUGUUUUUCAAUAAAUUAUUUUACCAUUUUUCGUUCAAAUAGGUGUGAAGGAUGGAUACAUGUAUAUUUCUGCUAGAGUUUUCAUGGAUAGUUGAUUUUGUACCAUGAAUUCAUUACCUUAUCACCUUGGGAUACAAGGAAGGAAAUGAAAUGGACA